AUGGGAGUCAUCCCAAUCCAAGAUCGAACGUCCGAGUUUCGAUCUAUCCUCGGCCAGGCCCAGAAACGACUGGCCGCAUCGAAAGCCGACGCCCGUCGCCAGGCCCUCCUUCGCCAGGAGAGCCAUUCACAGAAUGCAACGCCCAAAAAGUCAGAGUUUGCCAGGCGUGCGGCAGAGAUCGGAAGAGCCAUCACCGCAACAACUGCGAAGCUACAGCGACUCGCGCAGCUGGCAAAGAGAAAGUCUCUCUUCGAUGACCGACCUGUCGAGAUCUCCGAGUUGACCUAUGUCAUCAAACAGGAUCUCGCAUCCUUGAACUCUCAGAUUGCUGCUCUCCAGGCUCUCACGCUCUCCCAACACCCCAAAGCUUCCCGAAGUCUUGCAGACCAGGAAGGGCAGCAUAACGACAAUGUUGUGGUUAUGCUUCAAGGAAAAUUGGCCGAUGUCGGUGCCAACUUCAAGGAGGUUCUCGAAGUGCGCACCAAGAACAUUCAGGCCUCCCGGUCGAGAACAGAAAACUUCAUCUCCUCUGUCUCCUCCAAAUCCCAGCAUGCACUGAAUCCCCAACGAUCCGAUUCUCCUUUAUACAACCCACCGAGGAGCCGCAGCCCACAGCCACCCUCAUCUGAUCUACUUACGCUGGAACCUUCGCAGCUGAUGAUGAUGCAAGAAGCGCAGCAGCCGUCCAACACGUACAUUCAAGCUCGAGGGGAAGCGAUCGAAGCUAUAGAACGGACGAUCAACGAGCUCGGGGGCAUCUUUGGGCAACUAGCAACGAUGGUGAGCGAGCAGUCCGAGAUGAUCCAGCGGAUCGACGCCAACACGGAAGAUGUCGUGGAUAACGUGCAAGGGGCGCAUCGAGAACUGCUGAAAUACUGGUCGAGGGUGUCGGGGAACCGAUGGCUUAUAGCAAAAAUGUUCGGGGUUUUAAUGAUCUUCUUCCUCUUAUGGGUUUUAAUAUCCGGAUGACGCCUGUUCCCUCUUUCUUUUGCCUUUAUUUCUGUUGCCUUUCCUUUUUCCUUUUUCCCGUCAAUACCACUUUUCACUGUAUAAUAUUAUUAUUUCUGCGUGCUGCAUCUUCCAAUAAGCAGGGAUCACACAUCACCCCAGGGCAGUCCUUUCCUUUCUCUUUCUGUUUGCCUCUUCAUUUCUUUUUUUUUUUUUUUUUCCACCUUUUUUCAGCAGCAUUGUGGAUUCUCAGGCGUGGGCAAUUGCUCCAUAGAUGGCUGUGUUGCAUUUGAUAUCCUCACUUUUUGUAAUAGCCCAUGCACGCAUAGAGUCCAUCAG